AUGUUUGUUUUAUUAGCGGUUCUCAGCUUACUUAUCAAAGAAUCCUUAUUACUGAGGAUAGUUCGUGUCUCGAUCCCUUCGCAUCGUUUGAGAGGUCAGCAAGCACAACUGGACUGCGAUUACGAGCUAGGUGAUGACAAACUUUACUCAGUAAAAUGGUACAGAGAUAAUGAAGAGUUCUAUCGAUAUAUGCCUAAAUAUGAGCCGCCUAAACACUCUUACAAACUUGAGGGGAUCAAAGUCGAUCUAUCAAAAUCCGAUGACAAAAAAGUGGUACUUCAUCCGGUGACAUUAAAAUCGUCAGGUCUAUACCGAUGCGAAGUUUCAGCUGAGGCACCCAGCUUUGCAUCUGCUGCGGGAGAGAGUAAAAUGGAAGUAAUUUAUUUACCACGAGAAGGCCCACGAAUAACAGGGAAUGAGCAAGAGAACAGGCGAGGUGAUUCGUUAUUUUUAAAUUGUACAUCAGGCCGUUCUUAUCCUGCUACAGUUUUGAGCUGGGAUAUAGAUGGCGAAAAGGUAACAGAUCCCAACCUGUUAGUGGAAUAUCCGCCUAUACAACAUGCUCACGGCUUAUUGUCGACGGCACUUGGGUUAAGAGUACCGCCCGGGCGUACUAUGGAAGUCCGAUGUAUAGCUAGAGUGGCGCUAGCGUGGCGAGAAGGCAGCGAAGCAGUUGUAGGCAAUAGCCAGGUAGCUGAUAGUAAAGAAGCUAUGUUGUUAGUGCGGAGCUCGAGCGGGGCGUCUUCAUUAAGUAUAAUGUUAUUAACAUUUUCACUUCUCCAACUUCUCAGUUCUUCAAUGUUGUUAGAAACG